UCUCCAGGAACUCCGCAAGACAAUCAGUCGGUCGGGUUGCAAAUCGAAAGACCGCGAUCUGCUCUUCAUCGUGGAGACUUCAGGGAUAAAGAGCAGACAGAGUCGUCCUUCGAGCGCUUUGGCUCUUGUACAGCAGCUGUCAGAGAAGAGCCCGCACCUGCCUUCUCCACUUCGCCUGUUGCACCAUGGCAUCCGGGAUUCCCUGCCGGAGCAUAUAAGCAACCUCGCAAUGACAUUAGUGCCUUACCACCUGAGGAUGGUGUUCCGAUUCCACGACCAGCGAGAUAUCGUGCCACUUCAAAUGCUUCGCUUGCUGCUAGUUUCGUGUAUAAACCGCCUACCAGCCCGUUAGUGCAGUCCUCAAGACCAGACACGCCUGAGCCACCUGCUCGUCUUAGUUCAAGAAGUCCCGACAAAAGUCGACGUCAUACAUUCUCGCCUCAGUCGUUUCAUCGUUUCCAAUCUGCUCUGGACGAUGCUACGUCUGCGCGUGUCAUACCUUCUUUGCGUUCUGAGAAGACGUUCCCGUACCAAGCGCACCAGCCGAGAAGAUCGCUGAACAACACGCCGUACUCCAGCAUGCCACAGACCCCAGUCGCUGCACUGAGACGGCCAUCCUUCUCUAUGGAAUCACCUUUGCACCACGCGCCGAUGGUCGGCUCAUAUGAAGAGUCGAUUUUGAGAGGUCGAAUGUCAACUACUCCUUCCAAGCCUUUGAACUUUGUUGCACAGAUCGGUGUUCUUGGCAAGGGCAACUGCAAAUCCAACUUGCGAUGUCCACCACAUGUGCAAGUGCCGUUCCCUGCCGUAUUCUACAGCUAUGGGACUGCAACAAAGACUUCAUCCGCUAGCGAUCAGCCAAGCCCGUACGUUGGCCUCGUUGACCUUGAGAACAAUAUUCCAAGCCCAGACCAGGCACAAAACGAACGAAGACAGCAAAGAUCACACUUGGCACUCAGCAAUGAAGGCAGCCGUGCUAGCUCUCCCUCGCGAGAGAAUGGCUCAGGGCCUGAGGCUAGACGGCGUCGGCGACAAAAAGCCAAGCGCAGAUCUGGCUCGCCGAAAGCUCCACCAGGAGGCAGCUACCGUAUACCUCAGCAGGGGCAACUUCAGAUUGUCAUUAAGAAUCCAAACAAGACCGCUGUGAAGCUGUUCCUAGUGCCGUAUGACUUCUCAGACAUGGAGCCGGGGCAAAAGACCUUUUUGCGUCAGCGUAGCUACUCGGCUGGACCGAUCGUAGAUAUGCCCCUUUCUUCCCGAACGAAUCUCGGGACAGAUCGUCCCGAAGCAGCUCUGAACGCGACUGACGAUCCUAAUGAUCGGCCAAUGCUGCGAUAUCUGGUUCAUUUGCACGUAUGCUGUCCUUCGAAAGGUAGAUACUUCCUUUACAAGUCUAUACGAGUUGUCUUUGCCAAUCGCGUGCCGGAUGGCAAAGAGAGGCUUCGCAACGAGAUACAGAUGCCUGAGCCGAGGUACAGUGCCUACAAACCUGGACGAGACUCGAAC